GGCCCCACGCUGGAGCCAGCACCCUGCCCGGCCGCAGAGCCGGCGCCACCCGCGACAUGGACUGCGGCGUGAUCACCUCCAAGACGGUGCUGGUGCUGCUGAGCCUCGGCUUCUGGGCAGCAGCAGCUGGUCUUAGCUAUGUUGGGGGAUAUGUCAUCAACACCUACAAGAGUUAUGACAGCUUCCUGCAAGACAAGUACGCUCUGUUGCCAGCGGUUAUCAUUAUUUGUGUUGCCAUAGUAAUGUUUAUCAUCGGGUUGAUCGGCUGCUGUGCCACCCUCCGGGAGUCACGAGUCGGGCUGGGGCUGUUCUUGGCGAUUAUCCUGGUUAUCUUUAUUGCAGAAGUAUCAGCUUUUGUCCUGGGAUUUGUUUACAGGGGAAAGGUAAAAACUGAUGUGCAGGGCACGAUGCUUUCAGUCUUCCAAAAGUAUGAUGGGAAAAAUUCAGAGUCUACUGUUGUGGAUUACUUGCAAGAACAGCUUCACUGUUGUGGGAUAAAGAACUACAGUGACUGGACAACCACACAGUGGUUCAACUCCACGGGUAAUAACAGUGUCCCUCUGAGCUGCUGCAGACAAGGUCUGAACAACUGCACGGGGAGUCUGGAUCAGCCACAGGAACUCAACACACAGGGCUGUGCGGUGGAGCUGGAGUCUGGGCUGCAGAGUGUACUCAGCUAUGCUAUGCUUGUAAUCCUGGGAUUUGCCAUCGUAAAGUUCUUUGGCAUGCUGAGUGUCUGUGUACUUACUUGCAAGAGAGAAGACAGUGGGUAUCAGCCUCUUUACUCAGGGGUGUUUGCUUGAUAAAACACGAAGAUCACUUUUCUUUUGCUUCCUGAUGACAGAAUAGAUUUGUAAGGAUACAUGCUAAAGGACAAUUUAUGAUCUUUUGGUUAAUAUUUAAUUUUAUUUACAUGAAACAGAAAGAACAUAGUGUAUUGAUCUGGAAAAGUUUCUUGUGGGUGUUAUGUGAAAUGACACUCAAUGUUUAGUGCCAUAGAGUAACUUACUCUGUUCUUACACACUGCAACUUCCUGAAAAGGUGUUUUAGAUUUGCAUUUGUGACUUUUUCUACGUAGCAACAGAUAGUGUAGCAGAGUUUAGGAAGAAAUCUGCUUCUGCAGUUCCCUUCUGUACCCUAGAACAUGCAGAGAGAAGUGUUAUUUUUAAUCACUAAAUUGACUGAGAAAGCAGGAGGGAUUCACUGACUGCACAAAUACCAGAUCAUUCUCAUGACAUGGUUAAACAACAAAAGAAAUUCUUGAAUAGGAGGAUCGAAUAUUCCUUGUAUGCCCAGGGAGUUAGAAUACAUUUUUUCUGUAUCUGGUAGUGUUUCUUUUUUGUUUUUUCUUCCUUGCUAUGGUUGUAUCAUGUCAUACAGUUUAUUGCAGAGGUUGUUAGUGCAAGACAACCCUUUGGAGUGCUUAAAAACUAAAAUAGAAAUUUGUGUUGUCUUUUGAAGCAGCUAGCAAAUGUGAACAACCUCAGAUGAUGAGCUAGCCUGUAUUUUGGGCUUGAGGCAUCUCUGGGAGUUUUCUUGUUUUGUCUUUUUUUAUUUUUUUUGAAAAAAAAGUUAAAGACUGCUUAUGAAGCAAGGCUUUUGAUCUUUUCUUCCCUUGUACUAAUGCUUUCAUAUUUUGCCUGCACAAAGACACACUUUCUUUCUAUUUAACUUAGAAGUUGCAAGAGUUAUUUGGAUGGAUACAGGCUGCAAGGUGAGAGUUGCAGGAAAUGUUGGGUCAGCAUGAUUACAUAGAUAGAGGACUCUUGGAAGGGUUAGUGCAGAGUUCCCUGUGUCCGUGAAGAUCUGGCUGCUUUUCACUAUUAUUAAGAUAAUACAUUCCUGUACUGGAUAGCUGACCAAGCAACUUCAGUAACCUAUUGUAAGCAAAUGAAUCAUGUGAUUCAUUUGCUAGGUUUUUUUUUUCUCCUAAAUCUGCUUAAUAUGGUCAUUUCUUGGAUUGCAUUAUCUCUUUAAAAAUGAUCUUUCUUUAUCACAUUUCUGCGUUAAUCUAUUUCUCAGUUCUUUAAGGAUUUUUAUGUAUUUAGGGUUUUUUUUUAAGGGCUAAGAUGUGGGGAGGGAGGGAGCUUUGAGCUAGUCUUGAUUGGACAAUUGUGGAAAAGAAGCAGCAUAUUUUUUCUUUAAAGAGAUGAGCAGUUCCUCCCAUAGCAAACACUUACAUAUGUAGUUAUUUAGAAAAAAAGAAAGAAAUUUAGGGUAAGUGUAAGCUGGUUUGCUUUGUUUCCUCCCCCAUCACCAAGAGAUGGAAGAAGGAAUUGGUGAUGAUGAUAUUCUAUAGAAGACAUACUGGUAUAAGUAUAUAUUUUAAAGUGUUUUAAUUGAGGGUUUUGUCUUCUGUUUAAUGCCAAAAUAAACCAAAGUUAUUUAACCAAUUAAUAAAUGCUGGUUUUGUUGGUGAUUCUAUUUUA